AUGAAUAGAGACGAUAUUAUAUCGAUAUUGGCCAAAAGAGGGAAUUCAAGUAGCAAAUUAACCCAGUCUGCGAGGAAAGCUAUUGGGAUUGACUAUAUCGACAGAUCUGAUGACUAUAGUGAUGACGAGGAUCGGAACAUAGUUUUGGACACGGUUGUUGAUGAGAUCAUAGCUGAAACACCAAGAGAUGAUCACAAAUAUGAUUUUAAAGCUAAUAACGGUCUUUACUGGGACCCUCAAGGAGAACUUGAGGACCUCAAGGAGUACCACCAGCAUGACGGCAGGCGCAUCUUCAAAGGGGAGCGAACUACGAUCAAGAACUACCCCUUCAUGGUGUCAGUGCACGUGAUGGGGCGGUUCUGGUGUGGGGGCGUUCUCUACUGGCACGACCUGGUGCUGACGUCAGCAGCCUGUUUGCAGCUAAUGCACAACAAUCGAUUCUUCCGAGAGAACCCGAAAGUGCUACAAGUUAGAAUUGGGAGCAAUCAUAGCAGAAUCGGUGGAGAGAUGGUCGACGCACUGGAGGUCUACUUCCACCCGUCGUACGAGCCACGCACCCUCCGCAACAACAUUGCGAUGAUCCGCCUCCGCUACCAUCUCUACUUCAACUACCACCGCACACCCAAGAUUAUAUCCAUUUCGCACGAAGCUGGCGGAGUGCCAUCCACCGCCGAAGUACUUCUCUUAGGAUGGGGAGUAAAGAAACUCUCCCAAAAGCUGUCCUUUGAGCCAAUUUUCCUUCAGAGGAAACUUCUUCCGGUUUAUCCGAACAUCUUUUGUAAGGAAGUUUACGGAGAAAAAUUCAUUUCCUCGUCUAUGUUCUGCGCUGGCACCAUGACAACCGGCGAAGGUGCUUGCGCGCAUGAUGCGGGUGGUCCCGCUAUCAUCGGUGGUAAACUGGUGGGCAUAAUAUCGUUUGGACCAACCAUUUGCGGUUUCCCCAACGCGCCAACCGUUUUCACUCUUGUAGGCGCCUUCGCUGACUGGAUAGAAACUGUCAACGAGUCGAUGCCGACUUACUACGUGGGCAAGAAAGUAACGACCACCAUCAGCCCCGAGCUAGCUCUGAAAUACUUCGACUUCGGACGCUACACUAGGCACAAGAGCAAGUACUACGGACUACACAAAACGACGCCACCAAAAACUUCACCCACUGCCACGACGCUGAGCCAGUUGAGCUUCCGAAGGCCCAGGUUCGACGAGGACGUGAGCACGGAG